AUGGAUCGGGAGUAUCUGUACAACUCCGUGCUGUAUGUGCUGUACGAGUCCGCUUCAGGCUACGCCCUCUUCGAGCGCAUCGAAUCGGAGGAAAUCGCCGAUGAGUCGCCGGAGCUGCAGAGGUCGAUCCAGGACUUCGGCCGUUUCUCGAGGAUUGUCAAGUUCAAGUCUUUCGUGCCCUUCGUCUCGGCCGAGAGCGCUCUCGAGAACGUCAACGCCAUCUCUGAAGGUCUGGUGCACGACGUGUUGAAGAACUUCCUGGAGCUCAACCUGCCGGGCGGGGGCAAGAAGAAGAGCAAGAAGGUGGAGCUGGGCGUGACGGACGAGAAGCUGGGCGGCGCCAUCAACGACUCGCUGGAGCACGUGGCAUGCGUGAAGAGCAAGGCGGUGGCGGAGCUGACGCGCGGGAUCCGGCUGCACUUUGCCAAGUUCAUCAAGGAGUUCAAGGAGGGCGACUACGAGAAGGCGCAGCUGGGUCUGGGCCACUCGUACUCGCGGAGCAAGGUCAAGUUCAACGUGAACCGGGCGGACAACAUGAUCAUCCAGACCAUCAACCUGCUCGACACGCUCAACAAGGACCUCAACACGUUCUCCAUGCGGUGCAAGGAGUGGUACUCGUGGCACUUCCCGGAGCUGGUCAAGGUGGUGCCGGACAACUUCCAGUUCGCGCGCGUGGUCAAGUUCCUGAAGAACAAGGCCGAGGCCGACGAGAGCAAGAUCCCCGGCCUGGUGGACAUCACGCAGGACGAGGCCAAGGCCAAGGAGAUCAUCGACGCCGCCAAGGCCUCGAUGGGCACCGACAUCUCCGACCUCGACAUGCUCAACAUCGAGAAGUUCGCCGACCGCGUGAUCCACCUCUCCACCUACCAGCAGCAGCUCCAGGAGUACCUGAGCAAGAAGAUGCACGUCAUCGCGCCCAACCUCAGCGAGCUCGUCGGCGAGCACGUCGGCGCGCGCCUCAUCUCGCACGCCGGCAGCCUCACCAACCUGGCCAAGUACCCGGCCUCGACCGUGCAGAUCCUGGGCGCCGAGAAGGCCCUCUUCCGCGCGCUCAAGACCCGCGGCAACACGCCCAAGUACGGCCUCAUCUUCCACUCGUCCUUCAUCGGCCGCGCCGCCGCCAAGAACAAGGGCCGCAUCUCGCGCUACCUGGCCAACAAGUGCUCCAUCGCCUCGCGCAUCGACGCCUUCUCCGACGUGCCCACCACCAAGUUCGGCCAGAAGCUCAACGCCCAGGUCGAGGAGCGCCUCAAGUUCUACGACACCGGCGCCCUGCCCCGCAAGAACGUCGACGUCAUGAAGGAGGCCCUCUCCGAGGCCCUCACCGAGGCCGACCAGAAGCAGCGAGAGGACGGCAUGGACGUGGUCUCCACCACCGCGGAGAGCACCGACAAGAAGAGGAAGAGGAAGGCCGCGGAGAAGGACGACAGCGACAGCGACGAGGAGGAGAGCAAGAAGGACAAGAAGAAGAGCAAGAAGGCCAAGAAGUCCAAAAAGGAGGAGGAAAAGAAGAAGAGCAAGAAGGACAAGAAGAAGAAGAAGUCCAAGCACUAA